AUGAGGAAAAUUCGGCUUCCGCUUGUACCAAAUUUUAAUGCCUUUUUAAACACGCUGUCAUCGCAUCCUAAAUCUCAUCGUUUACCUCGAUUUUUCUCAACCCGGCGCCAUAAAGCUUUCUCUAUCAACUAUCAACUAUCAAUCACUCGUCAGAUCAUUAAUUCAUCGAAAGCUCCACCAGUGAUUGGACCUUACAGUCAAGCAGUUCGUGUGAAUGACUCAUUAUACCUGUUCGGCUCAUUGGGAUUACAUCCAGAGAAAGGGACGGCCGGAAUCGACUACAACAAUGUGGUGAAAACGACAGUUUUUCUUGCGGAUAUCUACGACUACAACGCUCGUGCCGGUUAUCAGGUCGCCGUUUUACCAAAGAAUGCCUUAGUGGAAAUCGAAGCGAUCGCUACGAUUGGAAAAAUCGUCGAUAAAGCCAAAGGCCGUGCCUGUCCGAAUGUUAAAGUUGGAAGUAUCAAUAGCAAGAUUAUUUACGCACCAAAGAUUUUGUAUUCGAAA